GAUUGGUCUUACUUACAGGACGCUCUCCCAACAAGUUACUGCGCAUGCACGCUCUACGUCAUGUUUUCUUUAGCCGUAAGCACCUUACAUCCAGUUGCUGUUCCCUGGAGUUUCUGCACGAAGAUCCUCUGUGUUACUUGACCAGUCCAGCCUGUCAUUGAUGUGGACUCCCAAGCAUUUGCAGUACUACAUCACCUCCAUGUGCACUCUUUGAAUAGUGACCAGACUUAGAUGCUCUUCAGUGUGGCGAAAUUCAAUAUACUGUUACUUGUUUUUGUUGAUGUGCAGUGAACCAUGAAGAAGUUCAGUAUUUGGAUGUUCCUGCCCCUGGCAUUUUCAGUAUUUACUGUUGCUGGUCUGUGGAUUAUAUAUGUCAUUGCCAUAGAAAAUAACAAAAUCAUCCCUCUUAACUCCAAAUACAUGAUUUCUGAAAGUAAAUAUCCUCCUUUUAUAAGUUUGGCUGGGAAUAAUCCACCUGCAAGCUGUGUUUUCAGCCAAGUUAUGAAUGUUUCUGCAUUUGCAGCUUUUGUUAUAGGAGUCUUUAGAUACGUUCAAGUGAAGCCUAAAAUCAUUAAACCGUGGAUCAACAUUUCCAGCCUUACUGCUUUCAGCCUGUUCUGCAUUGGAGUGUCAUUAAUAGGCAAUUUUCAGCUUGAUGGUGAUGAAGAGGUACACAAUUUUGGAACAGGAAUGGCAUUUGGAUUUGGUACCUAUCUUUGUUGGAUCCAAACUCUAAUUACCUUCCAAAUCAAUCUCAGAAGUGAAGGAAGAAUCCUUGGAUUCACACGGCUCACCCUGUCAGCUGCCAUCACUUUUCUGAUGGUUAUAUAUUACAUUUUCCUAAAUUUAAAUGCCAUCAUGCAUGCUGCUCGUAUACAGUGGAGUAUGGUUAUGCUCUUAAUCACUUUUUUGGGGACAUUCGCAUGGGAUUUCCGCUACCACAGAUUUGAACUCCUUUGCACAGACACACAGGAGGCUAUGCUGUGUUCACCGUUACCUGUUGAAAUGUCAGAGCAGCAGGUGUGAAAACUUCAUGAAAAAGGCGCUGGCAUGUGCUAUCCAUUGGCUGCAGUAAACUGCUUAUUUUCACACGUUAAAUUCGACAAGAGUGACAUGUUAACAGAAGAAAUGAAAAAUCUUGAUUUGUUACGGAUGCUGUAAAUGAACCUUGGUUUGUAUGAAAAAUUCAGGUAACCUAACUUAAUACUGAAAUGUAACCAAUGUUUGAAACGAGUAAUAUGUAUGCACUGGCAAAGGUUUCUGUUGAUUGUUGAGAUGUCUGUAGAGUAAGGCUACGUCCACACUCCCACGUUUUCAUUUUAAAAAAUGAUCUCUGUCUACACUGGCAUUUCCUCAUAGUUUACAAAAAGAUCCCUGUCCAUAUUGAAAUUCUCAAAAACACAUAUGACCCAGACCUUUGCAAUACUGGGCUUGCACACAUCAGCAGCAAACUCCGCAAAGGAAAUGUGUAGAGAAAAAUGCAGAGCCCUGUGAAAAUCCGAUUCCCAUAUGUUUUAUGUGCUUUCAAAACUAUUGAAUAGCAUGUUCCCAGCUAGCGCUGCUGCCUCGCAGUUAGGAGACCCGGGUUCGCUUCCCGGGUCCUCCCUGCAUGGAGUUUGCAUGUUC